AUGGUGACGGAUUUGGGGAUAGGGGCACCAACAGAUGUACUGGAGUCAUCCGUGCAAGUUCGGCCAGGGAUCCCGCCCUGCCGCGUCUGCUCCAACCGGCACGGCCUGAUCCGCAAGUACGGCCUCAACAUGUGCCGCCAGUGCUUCCGCCAGUACGCCAAGGACAUCGGCUUUAUCAAGUUGGUCUAGAUACCUCUGUGGCAACCAUUGCCGCUGGACAUCAUUUUGC